AAGAGAAGCUCAAAGAAACCAGCCUUGUAUAAAUAAAGAUUUCAACACACGUACCCCUGCAAAUUUAGCACAUUGGUGACCUUGCAAUUUACUGCCAAGAAAGAAAAGAAAAUAUAUAUCGGCUUAUCUCGUCGAUAGAGAAGUUGUUGGGUGAAGAUGUUUGGAAGAGCACCGAAGAAGAGCGACAACACCAGGUACUAUGAGAUUCUUGGAGUCUCUAAGAACGCUUCCCAGGAUGACUUGAAGAAGGCCUACAAGAAAGCCGCCAUCAAGAACCACCCCGACAAGGGUGGCGAUCCCGAGAAGUUUAAGGAGUUGGCUCAGGCUUAUGAUGUUCUGAGUGAUCCCGAAAAACGUGAAAUCUAUGACCAAUAUGGUGAAGAUGCACUCAAGGAAGGAAUGGGAGGCGGCGGUGGGGGCCAUGACCCUUUUGACAUCUUCCAAUCUUUCUUCGGUGGCAGUCCUUUUGGAGGAAGUAGCAGAGGAGGACGAAGGCAGAGGAGAGGUGAUGAUGUUGUACACCCCUUAAAGGUGUCACUGGAAGACCUUUACUUGGGAACCGCAAAGAAGCUCUCACUUUCCCGGAAUGUGAUAUGCUCCAAGUGCAAUGGGAAAGGGUCCAAAUCAGGAGCUUCAAUGAAGUGCGCUGGGUGUCAAGGAACGGGAAUGAAGGUUUCGAUUAGGCAUCUUGGGCCUUCCAUGAUUCAGCAGAUGCAGCAUCCUUGCAACGAAUGCAAAGGAACCGGGGAGACCAUUAGUGAUAAGGAUCGGUGCUCACAGUGCAAAGGAGAGAAGGUCGUUCAGGAGAAGAAGGUUUUGGAAGUGUUUGUGGAGAAAGGCAUGCAAAAUGGACAGAAGAUCACAUUCCCCGGUGAAGCUGAUGAAGCUCCUGACACAGUGACAGGGGAUAUAGUAUUCGUGCUUCAGCAGAAGGAACAUCCAAAGUUCAAAAGAAAGGGAGAUGACCUCUUUGUGGAGCACAGUUUGUCUCUGGUUGAGUCUCUUUGCGGCUUUCAAUUCGUGCUGACCCAUUUGGAUGGCAGGCAGCUCCUUAUUAAAUCGAACCCUGGUGAAGUCGUCAAGCCCGAUUCUUACAAGGCAAUAAACGAUGAGGGAAUGCCCAUGUACCAGAGGCCAUUCAUGAAAGGGAAGCUGUACAUCCAUUUCACUGUGGAAUUCCCCGACUCUCUGAAGCCAGAGCAGGUGAAGGCUUUGGAGGCUAUUUUGCCUCCGAGGUCGGCGUCUACACUAUCGGAUAUGGAGCUGGACGAGUGUGAGGAGACAACGCUGCAUGAUGUCAACAUAGAGGAGGAGAUGAGGAGGAAGCAGCAGUCUCAGGCGCAUGGUGAGGCCUAUGAUGACGAUGAAGAUAUGCCUGGUGGUGCACAGAGAGUGCAGUGUGCCCAACAGUAAAAAUGGUUUCAGGGUUUUGGCCAAUUUGUAUUUGUACUCGAAAGAAAUAUUACAAGUAUUGAUUAAUAUAACUUGUUUUUCACAGGCAAUUAUGGAAAUAGUUUUGUGAUUUUGGUAA